CCAGAAUCUCCGAGUAAAACUUUAAUCUCGACGACGAAGCCAUUUUUAAUAUAUUCCAAACCCAUAAAGAAAACCAUAUAAGAUAAUUUAUUGUAUGUGCAGAACCAAAAAACACAAAAGAAAAAAAAGAAUGAGAUUUUCUCUUGCGUGGAAGCUCCUGUUCUUGAUACUAACUUGUAAGAUCGAGACACAAGUGAAGUGCUUAAAGUUCGAUUUCCCUGGGUUUAAUGUGAGCAAUGAACUGGAAUUGAUCCGAGAUAACUCAUACAUUGUCUUUGGAGCAAUCCAAGUGACUCCUGAUGUUACUGGUGGACCUGGUGGCACUAUCGCAAACCAAGCAGGCAGAGCACUCUACAAAAAGCCUUUCAGGCUAUGGAGCAAACACAAGAGUGCUACUUUCAACACCACUUUCGUUAUUAACAUCUCUAACAAAACCGAUCCCGGAGGCGAAGGCUUAGCUUUCGUUCUCACACCCGAGGAGACUGCUCCUCAGAACAGCUCAGGUAUGUGGCUCGGUAUGGUCAACGAAAGAACAAAUAGGAAUAAUGAGUCGAGGAUCGUUUCGGUUGAGUUCGACACAAGGAAGAGUCAUUCGGAUGAUCUUGAUGGAAACCAUGUGGCUCUAAAUGUGAACAACAUCAAUUCGGUUGUUCAAGAAUCCUUGAGCGGUCGAGGGAUCAAGAUCGAUUCCGGACUUGACUUAACCGCACAUGUGCGGUAUGAUGGUAAGAAUCUAUCGGUUUAUGUCUCAAGAAACUUGGAUGUGUUUGAACAGAGGAACUUAGUGUUUUCUAGGGCUAUAGAUCUCUCAGCCUAUCUUCCGGAGACAGUUUAUGUUGGAUUUACAGCUUCAACAAGCAAUUUCACGGAGCUGAAUUGUGUGAGAUCAUGGAGUUUUGAAGGUUUAAAGAUCGAUGGCGAUGGAAACAUGUUAUGGCUCUGGAUCACUAUCCCUAUAGUGUUUAUUGUUGGUAUAGGAGCUUUCUUAGGAGCAUUGUACUUGAGAUCUAGGUCAAAGGCAGGGGAAACAAAUCCGGAUAUAGAAGCUGAGCUAGAUAAUUGCGCUGCAAAUCCGCAGAAGUUCAAGCUGAGAGAGCUAAAGAGAGCAACAGGAAACUUCGGCGCGGAGAAUAAACUAGGGCAAGGCGGGUUUGGGAUGGUGUUUAAAGGGAAAUGGCAGGGUAGAGACAUAGCUGUGAAACGAGUUUCCGAGAAAUCGCAUCAAGGGAAGCAAGAGUUUAUAGCCGAGAUCACAACUAUUGGUAAUCUGAAUCAUAGGAACCUGGUGAAGUUAUUGGGAUGGUGCUACGAGAGGAAGGAGUAUCUUCUGGUUUAUGAGUAUAUGCCUAACGGAAGCUUGGACAAAUAUCUUUUCUUGGAAGACAAGUCAAGAUCAAACCUAACAUGGGAGACAAGGAAGAACAUUAUAACAGGGCUAUCUCAAGCUUUGGAGUAUCUUCACAAUGGAUGUGAGAAGAGGAUACUUCACAGAGACAUAAAAGCAAGCAACGUAAUGCUGGACUCCGACUUCAACGCAAAGCUCGGCGACUUCGGGCUUGCGAGGAUGAUUCAGCAAAGCGAAAUGACACAUCAUUCGACCAAGGAGAUCGCUGGAACACCGGGAUACAUGGCUCCUGAGACUUUUCUCAACGGGAGAGCCACAGUUGAAACAGAUGUGUAUGCGUUCGGAGUUCUAAUGCUUGAAGUAGUCUCGGGGAAGAAACCAAGCUAUGUCUUGGUCAAAGACAACCAGAACAAUUACAACAAUAGCAUUGUGAAUUGGCUAUGGGAGCUAUACAGAAAUGGAACCAUCACGGAUGCUGCCGAUCCGGGAAUGGGAAAUUUGUUCGAUAAAGAAGAAAUGAAAAGCGUUUUGCUCUUAGGACUAGCUUGCUGCCACCCGAAUCCGAACCAAAGACCGUCCAUGAAAACAGUGUUGAAGGUCUUGACGGGUGAGACUAGCCCACCGGAUGUUCCUACAGAGAGACCAGCUUUCGUGUGGCCAGCGAUGCCUCCAUCUUUCAGUGACAUUGACUACUCUCUUACAGGGAGUCAGAUCAAUUCACUUACGGAGCUUACUGGCAGAUGACAUUAAUCUUUAUUUGUGUGUUCUUCAAAAAGUAUUUGAGAAUUGAGUUUGUUUCGUUAUAUACUACUUAUAACUAUCUUUCUGUUUUUUGUAUCUUCCUCUGUUCCUAAUGAAAUCCAGAGAUAGGUAAGAUUCUGCUUUUGGAUUUUUGGAUGUCUGUUAAUGU